AUGGCCGAACAACAGCAUUAUCCUCCUCCGCCCAUGUCGGCUCCAGCUCACGUAACAUCAUUCCCGGGUCCCCCCCCAAGCCACUCCUCCCCCGAGCAGUACCCCGGACCUCCACCAUCAGUUAGCCCACCUGCGAGUGAAAAGCAGGCACAGUUCUAUCAAUAUAACUACCAGCAAAAUGCUGCUGCUGUGAAGCAAAACUCCCCUUUCAUUCCCAGUCCGCCUCCAAAUGAGAAGCAGCCACAAUACUAUCCACAAAAUGCCACUCUUGUGCAAAAGCUUGGUCCUCGCGUACCCGGCGCACCCACGCCAGGAGAGUUUGCCGGUGCAUCCUCUACGGGAACCACCGAGGAUACAGUCGGAACUUUUAACGGAGGCAGCUACAGGAUCAGUCACCGCGAUGUUAACUCGCUUCUGACAUUGCAACUGGCAAUGGGCUGCCCCUUGACUGCCAAGCCAGGGGUGAUGAUUGCCAUGUCUACGACCAUGACACUUCGGGGAACUGUAUCCUUCAACUUCAAGAAGCUCCUGGCAGGUGGCGAACUAUCUAUGUCACACUAUACGGGCCCUGGUGAGCUGCUUCUCGCACCUUCAGUGCUGGGUGAUAUCUUCUUCCUACGGCUGGAAGAAGGACAGACAUGGAAAAUAUCGAGAGACUGUUUCAUGGCCUCAACGUCUGCGGUGAAGCACGAGUACCAGGCACAAGGCCUCUCAAAGGCUGUCUUCGGUGGAGCUGGACUUUUCAUCUACAAGAUUUCUGGUACUGGAAUACUGUGGUUACAAAGCUUUGGCGCCAUCAUCAAGAAGGAUCUCAAGGAAAACGAAACGUACUUCAUUGACAAUGGCCACCUCGUCGCAUGGAACUGCAAGUAUAAAAUUGAGCGUGUUGCAUCUGGUGGGAUCAUUUCCGGUCUGAGUUCUGGAGAAGGUCUUGCCUGCAAGUUCGAAGGCCCAGGAACCGUUUAUCUACAGACAAGAAACUUGAACGCUUUUGCUGCCCAGAUGAAAGUCAGCACUGCCAGCGGUUAG